UCUCAGUAAUGCUCAUAUCAGAACUCUCUAUUCUCCUGCCUCUCUCCCUACGCCCAAAGUGUCUCCUCCUGACUUUUCUUGACACCCGGGGUUCUACCUGUUAUCAGAAUCAUUUGACUCCUGGCCUCCCUUCCCUCUGCAUUUUCCAUGAGCCACUGUGUCAGUUGACUGUACAGUCCCUUCCUUUCACGGACAUCACCCCCCUUCAGGCUCCUCAGCUCAGCCUAGCGUGUAUCUGGUCCUGGAGGUAGAAGAAAAAUGCUCACUGGGGGUCCUGCCCGGGGGAGCUUCUGUGUCCUCGGUCCUUGACUCCCUCCAUUUACCUGGUUGCUGGGUGAGGGGGGUGCUGGACCCGCUUGGAGUGCAGUGGAGACUCCUCGUUGGUGACCUGAGCAUCACCUCCCCAGGACCCAGGCCCUGAGCCCGUCAGGGAUUUCUGCUUUCUGGGAGUUGGGGCCUCACAUAACCAGUUUCCCUUAAGCGGGGGCCUGCUGCCUCUGACCUCAGGACAACGGAGGCACAUCCACCCUGGGGCAGACCCUUUAUUUCUCAUCAUCUCUCGCAAUGGAGACUCACCUAAGGACAGAGAAUUCCAAAGAGCUGAUAACCUGGAAUUCUCUUGGGGUUUGGAGGGCACAAAACCGAUUUUGUUUGUUUUGCAUUAGUGAAUUUGUCUUAAUUUUUCCACUGAAAAUAACAGUUACAUUUCUUCACAUGCCCGCAUUCAUGACAAAGGUUUUUGAUCCCUGGGCUGGAAGUGGGGGAUUUCCAGGAGGGUCCUCUGGGCUGAGUCCUCCUUCCUUCUUUCCUCUGCUCAGACCACCCAGGGGAGCCACUUCUCAGCACUAACAUCACCACUGUGGUUUUUCCCAUCCUUGGCAUCUUCACCCAUUACGGCUGGGGGAGAGAGAGGGGGAGCCACCAGGGCUGUCUGAAGUGACAAAGCUUCAGGUUGGACUUGAAUUUCUUGCAUCUAGGCAAAUUGGCAUGGUGAUGCAUCCACCUAUACAAGUUAUAGAGUGGCUCACCCAGGGGCUGUGCAUCUGUCGCCGGCAGCAGAAGGGAGGAGAGCCCUUCUCAACAGGCUCCAGCAGACUGGGGCUCAGAGGACCAGCCUCUCCUGCUAUCUUCUGAGCCCGAUUCUUCUUGGCCAUCACCUCUCCCCUCUGCCAUGGCGGCUAUCACGGACCUCUCCUUUAUGGACUUGUACUUCAAGAACUGCAAUCUGGUCCGCAACCUCUCGGACAAGUACGUCUUCAUCAUGGGCUGUGACUCGGGAUUCGGGAACCUCCUGGCCAUGCAGCUGGUUGAUCGGGGCAUGCGGGUGCUGGCUGCUUGCUUCACUGAGGAGGGGGCCCAGAAGCUUCAGCAGGAUACCUCCUACCAGCUGGAGACCACCCUAUUGGAUGUCACCAAGACUGAGAGCAUCAAAGCAGCAGCCCAGUGGGUGAAGGACCAAGUGGGAGAGCAAGGCCUCUGGGCCCUGGUGAACAAUGCUGGUGUAGGCCUGCCCAAUGGUCCCAAUGAAUGGCUGACCAAGGAAGACUAUGUGAAGGUGAUCAACGUGAACCUGCUGGGACUGAUCGAAGUGACUCUCCAUAAGCUGCCCAUGGUCAAGAAAGCCCAGGGCAGGGUCGUCAAAAUGUCCAGCUCUGGUGGCCAUGUGGCUAUCACUGGUGGCGGCUACUGCGUCUCUAAGUUUGGCGUCGAGGCCUUCUCUGACAGCAUCAGGCGUGAGCUCCACUACUUUGGGGUGAAAGUCAGCAUCAUUGAGCCGGGGAACUACCGGACAUCCAUUCUGGGCAAGAAGGACCUGGAGGGCACGGAGAAGAGCAUGUGCAAGCUGUGGGAGCGGCUGCCUCAGGAGACCCGCGAGAGCUAUGGAGAGGAGUACUUCCAUAUCUAUACUGACAAGUUAAAGAACACGAUGCAGCUGGCAGAGUCAAGGAUCAGUGAAAUCACUAACAGCAUGGAGCACGCUACUGUUUCCCGGGACCCCCGCAUCCACUACAACCCUGGCCUGGAUGUCAAACUCCUCUACCUCCCCUUGGCUAAGUUUCCCACCCCUGUGACAGAUUUCAUCUUGAGGCGGUACCUUCCAAGGCCAGCAGACAGUGUCCGAGCUGGGGAAGCCCAAGGGGUGGUCAGUGGAGUACGGAGGAGGAGGCACUGUAGGGUCACAUGAGGGGGUAUCAGAUGUUCUGGGGACACCUUGCUUGGCUGACACCCUACCUGUUGGUGGUGAAUUUAUGGAUAACUUCUAACAGAAGGUGUUCCUACUCACUGGGGCCUCACAGAAACCUGAGGGGGCCUUUACAGGUUCAAAGACCUGCAGCCUGGCCCCCAGAACAUCUGUCACCCAAUCAGGAUAUGGCUUUUUCUUGACCUGGAGGAGUCAAGGAGAGGAAAACUAGUUCCUGCUGAAUCAUGAGCCUCCCUCAGUUAUCACCACCACUGGGAAAUUUUGUGGGAUUAUGCAGCCCACAGGAGAACUCAACCACUUUCCUCUCGUGUCUCUAAAUAUGCAUUAACCUUAUUCACAUAAACCAUUAUUUGAAGUAUGUAGUAGGACAAACAGGGAGGGCAAGAUUAUAUCACGCAAAAGUUUAUCAUAGUAUUUUCUCUCUCUUUUAUGGAUUUCUGUAUCCAUAGGUAGAAAGUGUUACACAUGAAGUAACGCUCGUUUGUUUAAUCACCAUUGAUUAAUUCUUCAAAUAUUACCUGCGGGCCUACUAUAGACGAGGCACUGUGCAGGUGCUAGAAGCAUGGAAAUGUGAUUGAAUCAUGGUCUUGGCUUUUCGCUCUUUAUUUUGUGGUUUCGUUUUUGUGUUUUAGCGCAAUAUCUAGUAGCAGAGACAGGAUAGCGAUAGAAGAAGCAGAAAUCAGAAAAUCAAAUUUUUGGAGCUACGAGGAACACUAGAGUUUAUCUAAUUCAGUAGUUCCCCAGCUUGGCUGUGUAUAUCAUAAUCACCUGGUUAAUUAAAACACAGAUUCCUGGGC